AUGGCUUCCUUCAACUUCUCUCUUGUCCUCUCCCUCGCCCUGCUGCUCCUCACCCACGCAAACGCAACCAACACCUUCUCCUUCACCAUCAAAAACUUCAACUCUCACAACCUCAUCCUCCAACGUGACGCCAACAUCUCCUCCGGCACUUUACGACUCACCAACGUUAAUGCCGCCGGCGUUCCCACGGCGUUUUCCAUAGGACGCGCCUUCCAUACCACCCCCAUCCAAGUCUGGGACAGGUCCACCGGCGCCGUCGCCAGCUGGGCCACCUCUUUCACGAUCAAUAUUUACGCUCCCGACAAGUCAAAGACCGCCGAUGGGGUUGCCUUUGCUUUAGUACCCGUCGGGUCUCCGCCCAGAACCUGGGGUGGGUAUCUAGGUCUUUUCGACAACUCUAACUACAACAGCUCCCUCCAGACUCUGGCUGUGGAGUUUGACACCUACACCAACGGCUGGGACCCCCAAAACCCUCACAUUGGCAUCGACGUGAACUCCAUCAAGUCUAUCAAAACGGCGUCGUGGGGUUUGGCCAACGGGGAAAACGCGAGGAUUCUGAUUACCUAUGACGGCAACACCCACCUUUUGGUGGCUUCUUUGAUCCAUCCUUCUCGCAGAACGAGCUACAUCCUCUCCGAAAAAGUGGACGUGACAAGAGAGCUUCCAGAGUGGGUGAGCGUUGGGUUCUCUGCCACCACCGGGCAGUCAGAUGACUUCACUGAAACCCACGACGUGCUCUCUUGGUCUUUUGCUUCCAAGCUCCCAGAUGCCUCCUCCUCCACUGAUGCUUUCGACCUUGCCAGCUUCGUCCUCCAUGAGGCCAUCUAG